UCUGAAUCCAUAAUCAAAUCGAAUGAUGCGUCAUCGGGGUACGCGAGAGUGUUGCGGAAAAAAUUCCGCGUCCUCAUAAAAGCAAACCAACAUCAUGUCACGGGGCGCCAAAGAUUCUUGUUACCUCAAUCACCUUUCCAUUAUUCUGGGAUCAGUGCAGAAUGAGCGGUGUCCGUACUUCAAAUCCAAAUCCAUCUACUAUGAACCCAGUAAAACACCAUCGACGUGUCGUGGACAAAUGCACCCCACGGGACAAGUACGCCAGGACGCACAUCCAUCUCAAGAAUUCAUUCCUUUCGAGCACUGAUGAUCUCAGCGUAAAGACUCCAAGUCCACCUUGGGUCCACGCGUAUAACUCACGCCAACGAUCGCAAUCUUCCGCAGAUACUCAAGGCUGGAAGCAUCUGCCGACUCCCAUCCGACCAACCUUCCGCCCGCGUGAUUACGCAUCACCGCGCACUGCGGAUGAUGUCUCCGCUGAGACCCCCACGAACACUUACAAAGUCCUACACCGCUCGUUGCAUAACCUUGAUUUUGAUCCAACCUGCCUUGAUCGCCUCGAUGAACAGCUUCUCCUUUCACCUACUGAGUCAUUCGUCGACGUUUGUUACUCCGAAGCUGUUCACGACAACAAUAUUCCUGUUCCUAUGCUCGAGCCCAUCCAACCUCGUGUGCGUAAAGGCACGAGGCUAUAUGAUCGUACAGCUGCCACUGAUGAAGACCCUUUCCACGAUUGGGAUGAAAAUUACUCUGUCAAAUUUAAAAAGCCUCGCAGGAAACCAUUGCCCUCACCUCCGCUUCCACAACUUCCCGAAGCAUCACUUCCCAGAACGAGUCACCAGGACUCGAUGCUCGCUCUUCUGGAGUCACAUAUUCUGUAUCACAAUCCCAACGAAUCUGUUCACUUUUUCCCAGUUUCUACGCGCUGCAGCGGAGAAUUGCCCAAAUCCUCUCUCGAAGCUUCUCCCUCUCUCACCUCCACAGGGUCGAAUGGUAGAUUCAGACGCAUUUCUGAUGCAUUGACCGGCCGUUCUCGAAGACCCACUGCUUGAAACCCCGCCAGCUUCACUGAAUGAAAAGCCAUCAUUUCAGCUUUUUUCAUCACUCGACAAAAGCGGCAAGCCGUACCACCUCCAUCCCCUAUUGUUAUACCUUAGCCUAAUCGCAUGCGGCAGGAACUGCAUUUCCGACCUGGAUACCCUCUGACGUUAUUCUAACUUCUGGUUCAUUCGUUUGUUCUACUAUAGGAGUAUAUUUUGGAUUUCUUUAGCAUCUCAUGACAACCGACUGUUCAAAUUUGUUUCACAGUCGCCUCUUCUUAUCUCCGUCGCUAGAUACGAUGAUCAGUGACGUACCGUUCAGCAUCGAUAACGCCUUGAAUGAAAUAAUGAUUUUUGCUUGGAACUUAAA